AUGCAAAUGACUGUGGACAAACAAGCUAUAAAGCCUAUUAAUAGCCUCGGGACGGUGUUGCCAAGGCCUGUCAGGCGGAGUUCCUCUGGAAGAAAUCUGCCUGGCAGGGCCUGCAGUGCAGGUGGUGGAACCAAACAGCAGAGGCUAGAGGAAGAAGAGGAAUCCCUAGGUCUUCCACUGUACCCCUCAACCCCUAUUCCCGAAGUCUCACUCCACAGCCCCUCCAGCCUUGGGCUAAGGCUUGAAGACUGGUGCUCUGGCCUGCUGCCUCUAACCGCCCUCCCCUCCCCACCACACACGCGCUCCCCAGCCCAGGCCAUGCCCCGAAGCGGGUGCUGUGCCCCUGGCCUGCCCUUCUGUCCAUCAUGGCCGUCAGCAGCCAGUCGGGGAGGUGCCCUUCUGCCCAGCAAGACCUUGCAAGGCGACCAUGGUCAGUUUGAGCUUAGGCUGGGGGGCAUAUGGGGAUCCUUUGCCUGGUCACCUCAGUCACAUAGGAAAUUUUCAGCCCCUCGACAUGGCCACCUGGGUUUCCUGCCCCAAAAGAGAAGCCGGAGGCACCGGGGGAAGGUGAAGACCUGGCCCCAGGAUGACCCCAGUAAACCUGUACAUCUCACAGCCUUCCUGGGCUACAAAGCUGGCAUGACCCACACCCUGCGAGAAGUUCACCGGCCUGGCCUCAAGGUGUCCAAAAGGGAGGAGGUAGAGGCUGUAACCAUUGUGGAGACCCCACCUGUGAUCGUGGUAGGAAUCGUAGGCUAUGUGGCCACCCCUCGGGGCCUUCGGAGCUUCAAGACUAUCUUUGCAGAGCAUCUUAGUGAUGAAUGCCGGCGCCGCUUCUACAAGAACUGGUACAAGAGCAAGAAGAAGGCAUUCACCAAGGCCUGCCAGAAAUGGCGAGAUGAAGAUGGGAAGAAGCAGCUGCAGAAAGACUUUGCAUCCAUGAAGAAGUAUUGCAAGGUCAUCCGUGUCAUCGUCCACACCCAGAUGAAGCUGCUGCCAUUCCGGCAGAAGAAGGCUCACAUCAUGGAGAUCCAGUUGAAUGGUGGUACCAUAGCUGAGAAAGUGGAAUGGGCGCGAGCGCGGCUGGAGAAGCAGGUGUCUGUGCACACAGUCUUCAGCCAGAGUGAAGUGAUCGAUGUGAUUGCCGUUACAAAGGGCCGUGGCAUGAAAGGGGUCACCAGCCGUUGGCAUGCUAAGAAACUCCCACGAAAAACACACAAAGGACUGCGUAAGGUGGCCUGUAUUGGGGCCUGGCACCCUGCAAGGGUGGGCUACUCCAUUGCUCGAGCUGGCCAGAAAGGUUACCAUCACCGGACAGAGCUCAAUAAGAAGAUCUACCGAAUUGGCCAUGGGAUCCAUGUGAAGGAUGGGAAAGUGGUUAAGAACAAUGCAUCCACCAGCUAUGAUGUGACAGACAAAUCCGUCACACCCCUGGGGGGCUUCCCACACUAUGGUGAAGUGAAUAAUGACUUCGUGAUGCUGAAGGGUUGCAUUGCUGGGACCAAGAAGCGUGUCAUCACUCUCCGAAAGUCCCUCCUGGUGCACCGAAGCAGGCAAGCUCUGGAAAACAUUGAGCUAAAAUUCAUUGACACCACCUCAAAGUUUGGACAUGGAAGAUUCCAGACAGCUCAAGAGAAGAGAGCCUUCAUGGGUCCCCAGAAGAAACAUCUUGAGAAGGAGAAGACAGAAGCAGCAACAGGUGACCUAUGA